AUCCGCAGUGACCAGCACUUGUUACAGGAUAUCGUGACAUGGGAUGAAUACUCAAUCUUCAUCCAUGGUGAGCGUGUUCUGUUUCUGUCUGGCGAAUUCCAUCCUUUCCGAUUGCCAUCGCCAGGGCUGUGGCUAGAUGUUUUCCAGAAAAUUAAGGCACUUGGAUUCUCAGGAGUGUCCUUCUACACUUACUGGGGCAUUCUUGAAGGAGAACCUGGAGUCUUUCGCGAUGAAGGGGUCUUUGCCCUAGAAACAUUCUUCGAAGCUGCUUCGCAGGCUGGUAUCUAUUUACUGGCUAGACCAGGUCCUUACAUUAACUCCGAGACCUCUGGUGGUGGCUUCCCUGGCUGGGGUCAACGAGUGCAAGGUCCUAUCCGCUCAAAUGCUUCAGAUUGGCUUGAAGCCACACAGAACUACAUUACUCAUGUUGGCUCGAUAAUUAGCAAGGCGCAGAUCACAAAUGGGGGUCCAAUUGUUCUCGUACAACCAGAGAACGAAUACACCCUCUGUGAUGGGUACGCUACGGGAGCGGACCUCAACCACUGCUUAAAUCCCUACUAUAUGAACGACGUUGAAUCCAUGUGGAGAGCGACUGGUAUAACCGUGCCUUUCAUUUCAAACGAUGCUACACCCGUCGGAGAUUGGGUUCCUGGUUCUGGAAUUGGCGAGGUGAAUAUUUACGGUUUCGACUCCUAUCCAGUUGGAUGGGGAAAUGCCUGCUCUGAUCCUGAAACAUGGGAGCGCUCCCAGGCUUACUUCCCCUCGAACGGGUUCAACCAUACUACUCAUAUGGAAAUGAGUCCUGGCACGCCAAUGGCCAUAGUUGAAUAUCAAGGUGGUGCUUCUGAAGGAUGGGGUGGAGCAGGCAUGCAGAACUGCGCUGCUUUAGUGAAUGAGCAAUUCGAGCGGAUCUAUUACAAAGCUGUUUAUGCCAUGCGAACGACAUUCAUGAACCUUUACAUGGUCUUUGGCGGCACGAACUGGGGAAACAUUGGACACCCAUUAGGUUAUACAUCUUAUGAUGUGGGUGCUGCGAUAUCCGAGGAUCGCCAAGUGACGAGAGAGAAAUACAGCGAGUUGAAGCUUCAGGCAGGUUUUCUUCAGUCGACUCCUUCUUACUUGACUAUGACACCCGAGAACGGUACUUAUGGCGUUUACACCAAUACCAAACACGUUGUGACCACUCGACUCAUUGCAAAAGACUCUCAAGAGGCCUUGUACAUUGUUCGUCAGACCAACUACUCGUCUUUCACCUCGGUUGAAUACACAUGGCACCUGAGAGCCGAAGAGGGGAACAUAGUUGUCCCACAAUUGGGAGGGUCAUUGGCUCUUCAUGGCCGCGACUCAAAGAUUAUGGUAGCAAACUACAAAUUGAGUAAUAUCACUCUGAUUUACAGCUCUGCCGAGAUCGCCACUUGGAGAAAGUCAGAUACGAAAACAGUUCUCGUUCUAUAUGGAGGCGAGAAUGAACUUCACGAGUUUGCCCUGCCUCGUCACUUGGGCUUGCCGACGAAAGUUGAAGGUCAAAGCAUCAAGUCAUCCGCAAAGGGUUCGUCUAUUGUGAUCCAAUGGAAUGUUCAGCGCUCACGUUGUAUUCUUCAUUUUGGGUCAUCACUUGAAAUUCACCUCCUUUGGAGAAAUGAGGCGUAUAAUUACUGGACGAUUGAUUUACCUCGCCCAUCUCCAGUGGAUAACUUCGUUUCCUAUUCUCGACUGUCUUCGACACAUUCCUCCAUUAUCGUCAAGGCUGGCUAUUUGAUGCGCAAUGCCUCCGUGGUUAAUGACAAUUUGAUGCUUUAUGGGGAUGUGAAUGCGACAACAUCGCUUGAGGUCAUUCUAGCACCAAUCAGCAAAAAGGGCAGCAUUUUCUUCAACGAUAGAAAGCUGAGCUCCCUUGCGUAUGGAAAUGGUAGAUGGACUGGAACUAUCAAAUAUUCUCCGCCAUCUAUCGCUCUACCUGACUUGUCUACAUUGGAAUGGCGCUUCGUGGAUUCUUUACCUGAGAUCAGUGCCGACUACAAUGACGCAUUGUGGCCUGUCGCCAAUUACCCGCAAAGCAACAACACAUAUCGCAAGCAGACAACACCAACAUCCCUAUUCGCGAGUGACUACGGCUUCCACAGUGGAUCACUCUUCUAUCGUGGUCAUUUUACCGCGAACGGCAAGGAGACAACCUUAUUUUUGAACACCUCUGGCGGAAACGCAUUCGCCCAGUCCGUUUGGCUCAACGCGACUUACUUGGGCUCCUGGAUUGGCGACCCUGAUCUUCUUUCUUACAACCAAACCUUGGAAUUCCCCAAGAAGCUUGUGAGAGGGCAAAACUAUGUGGUCACUGUUUUGAUUGAUCACAUGGGUCUCACAGAGAACUUCGUGGCAAAUUUGGAAACGAUGAAAGAGCCACGAGGGAUCCUCGAUUAUAGUCUGGGAGGACAUGAUGAUCCUUCCGAUAUUACAUGGAAAUUGACAGGUAAUCUUGGGGGAGAACACUAUCUUGAUAUCAGCCGAGGCCCUAGAAACGAAGGAGCACAUUUCGCAGAGCGCCAGGGAUAUCAUCUUCCCGGUGCUCCGAUCUCCAAGUGGAAGAAGAAAUCUCCAUUCCACGACGGACUGACGGGAGCUGGCGUGGGAUUCUUCGCUACAUCAUUUGAACUGAAUGUACCUGUGGGAUAUGACGUGCCAAUGUCAUUUGUCUUCGCCAAUACAUCGAGCGCAGCCAGUGCUUCGACCCCAGCAGCCUACCGUAUCGAGCUGUUUGUGAAUGGGUGGCAGUAUGGAAAAUACGUGAACAACCUCGGACCACAGACCAAAUAUCCAGUGCCAGAAGGCAUCUUGAACUAUGAAGGUACUAACUAUAUCGCGCUGGUAUUUUGGUCCUUGGAAGACUCAAAGAUGCACCUUGGAAAGCUUUCACUCGUUGUCGAUGGUAUCGUUGAAAGUAGCUAUAGCAAGCCUGCGUUUGUUGAUGAAAUGAAGUUUGCACCAAGAUCAGGAGCAUACUGA